GGGGUAUCCCUGCGGAUAGAUGCAUCCACACAGAGCGGCCAUGCCAGCGUAAGCCCUGGAGAGGAGGAGGAACCAGCGCUCAACAUUUGGCUGAUUUUCAGGUGUAAGGGAAGCAGCACUUCAGGCAGCCUUGAUUCCGAACAAGCCUAUUCGGACUUGAAGCGAGCGCAGUGGCCAGCGUAGGUCACUGACAGCUGGCGGAGGGCGGGACCGGCCCCACGCGCAGAGAGGCAAGGAGGCGGCGGAGCUGCGGCUUAGGAAGAGUGACCCUGGCCACCCCAAACGCCCCGCCUCCUUCGCUCGCUGCUUCACCUGCCGGCCGAGCGCGCCGAGCCGCGGGCGGAGGCGAUGGCUAGCCCCGCGCCCUUAGUGGCCUCCAUCAGCCACCAAAUGGUGGCUCUGCACACCCUGCAGCUUCUGCAGCAGGAGUGGGGCUGGGGGGAUGGUCCGGGCGCCCCCGGGAGCCCACGCGACCUGGACCACGUGUCCGCCGCCCCAGAGCGUCGCUCAGACCCACGGCUGGCCCGUGCCGGGCAGGGGCGUGGGGAGGAAGGCGGGAGCAAGGGGGCCAGGAACGUGGGGUCCGGGGCGCGGGCGAGCUCCCCCGAGGUGGAAGUGGUGCGAGGCGCCGAGGGGGGCGCGGAACUGCUGCCCUUACCCCGGGGUCGCGGGCCCUGCACCCUGGCCCAGAUGGCGAUGCGCAGCGCGCUGGCCCGCGUGGUGGACUCGACCUCGGAGCUGGUCAGCGUGGAGCAGACGCUGCUGGGCCCCCUCCAGCAGGAGCGGUCCAUCCCCAUCCACCUGAAGGACAGUGUUGAGUUUAGAAACAUCUGCAGUCAUUUGGCUCUACAGAUUGAAGGACAGCAGUUUGACAGAGAUUUGAGUGCUGCUCACCAGUGUUUGAAGAUGAUAGUCAAGAAGCUGAUUCAGUCUCUUGCUAAUCUUCCUUCGGAUGCCCACAUGGUAGCCUGUGCUUCCUUGAGACAGAUCUUACAGAAUCUCCCAGACAUAUGAGUGUUCAAGACACUGGAAUUAAAACCACAGCGAGCACUGCUAAGAGGACUGGCUACCUUAAAUUCCUAAGUGGAUCAGCAGACAAUGGAUGUUUUUAUUCCCAGGAAGGAGAGACUUGGUAGCAUAUAUAGCAGUCUGACCAGUGGCAUCUGUAACCCUUGGGAAUUAUAGCAUGUUGGUGAAAAAUUUUUAAAGUAGUUCACAUUUUUAAGUGUCUUGACGUAUUUGCUGACUUUUUGAUUGAAAUAUAUUCCACUUUGUGGAACUGACUGGAUUACAUGUGUAUAUACAUUUAUGAAUAUAUAUUAAGUGUUAAUUUUAAUUUAAUGACACCUUAAUCUACAUUCAUAUUAAUGUAGGCCUAUGAGGUUUAAUAUGGCUAUUGGAUGAUUAGAGCUCCAUGGUUUUUCAAAUUAUUUUGAAUAAAUGGGAUAUUUGGUAAUUGA